UUCUUCACUUUUAAUAAUAAUUUCGCUUUUAUUUUUGUCCUUUAAUCGCUCUCUUAGCUCUGCUUAUGUCCUUAAUUAUGUUCAUUAGGCUUCUGCUCUUUAAUUAAUGUUUCUUUUCUCUCUCUUGAGUUUGCUGUUUUCGGUUUCCUCUUUUUACUAGUGGUACCUAUUUUUUAGUUAAUUCUUAAUUUUAGCUUUUCAUUAGGUUUUUAUGCGCUUACAAUGUGUUUGGUUGCCGAGAAAAUGAAUAGGGGAAAGUCAAAAGAAAACUAGAAAAAAGGAAAAAAAAAAAAAGAAAGAAUGAAACCCCUUCCUUUUUAAUUUGCGGAUUCGAAUUAUUAAAUUCUGUACUUCUGAAUACUGGAAAAAGAAAAUAAAAGGAAUCGAUGUGAAAUUGGGUGCUUUGGAGGUCUGGCGAAUUCUGAUAUUAAGUUUGAGUUUUAUUUUUAGAUUUUUGAAAUUUUGGACGAUUAACGUUAUUUUUGAAAAAGAAAUAUUGAUUUCUCAAGUGUGAGAAGUGGGGGAAGUUCAAGUUAAAUGGAUCGAGGAAAAAAGCUGACUAACUUCUAUGGUAACAAAAACAACAAGAUUUACAUGGAUCUAAAAGACAUAGUAAGGGAGAAUGCACUUCGUUACCUUCCUGCUAAAUCACUUUUCCGGUGCUUUGGAGUUUGUCGGGAUUGGAAGCAUCUAAUAUCAACACCUUUCUUUGCGCACAAUCAAUCAAAUUCUUUCCAUUCUGUCUCGGGUUUCUUUUACCAAUCACAAGCAGGUCUGCCGUCAUUCAUGUCUCUUGACCCUGUGGCUUAUGGUGUUCCAGACCCAUCUCUAAAGUUUCUGCCCGAACCUGUUGAUAUUAGGUCCUCUUGUAAUGGGCUGCUUUGUUGCCAGGGGCGUACUGGUUACAAGGCUUACUACAUCUGCAAUCCUGUUACCAAGCAGUGGAAGAAACUUCCAAAACCAGAUGCUGAUCAUGGGUCUGACCCUGCCGUAGUGCUCGUAUUUGAACCAUCAUUGCUGAACUUCACUGCUGAUUAUAAGUUAGUUUGUGCUUUUCCAUCUGAACUUGAUGGAUAUGAGUUUGAGAUAUAUUCCUCUGAGAAAAGAUCAUGGAUAAUUUCUCGUGAGAUUUGUUUUUCUGAGAGGAAGGUCAUGCCUAAGUCAGGUAUUCAUGUGAAUGGCACUGUUUAUUGGCAGACGAUGGGCUUUGGAAUUACCGCAUUCGAUCUCAAUUCAGAACGGUUUCAGCUCCUCGAUAGUGUAGUUGGGACCUUAGGAAUGAGGAAUGGGAAGCUUUGUUCGGCAUACGUACAUGCUCAAAACUUGGUCGUGAAUAUGCUAUCUAAUACUCACUCGAAUACCAUGCAAAUGAACAGCCAUGCCAAGAUGUGGGAAGAAAUGCAACCCAAGAUUCAUGUUGAUAUUUCAUUACCCGCAUCAUCUAAUAAUAAUGCUUCGGGUAGGUAUGGAUAUGGGCAUGGAGGAGUAGUGUUUAUUGGUGGGGAUGUAGUGUUGCUUAGUAAUGGGAACAAGUUUUAUUCUUAUGAAAUGAAGAAGAGGGCCUCUAAGGAUUUGGGUGAACUUGAUAUUGAUACCAAGGCAGGAAUUGUUGGGUAUGUGAAUAGCCUUGUUGAGCUCUAAGACCAUGCGCUGCUGUCUGUAUGGACCGGCCUUGACAAGAACACCCUACACAAUCUCCCCCUUUUAUUCUCAUUAUCAGGCAUUUGUAAAUAUGUUUUUAUUGUGUCUUUUAUUUUAUUUUGUUAUUAAAUCUUUUUUGGUCCUUUUGUAGUAAGGAUCUAUGAUACACGGUUAAAUAGUUAACUAUUGGGAAUUUUUUUUCGUGUUUUAGAAAGGUAAAGUUUGUAAUGUGAUAACUAUGAGGUGUGAUAGUAAACUUAUUUUUUAAUCA